ACACUAUAAAGAGCCUUGAAAGCCUGUCCCUUACCCCGCCACACCCAACUCACAGCUUUACCAAAAGGCCCAGAAAGAGGAAGUCUCCUCUGCUUAGUGUGCAAGAGGAAGCACAAGGAGGCCAAAAGGGCCUGUGAGCCACAAUGACUGCUUUCACCCAGGAGCCAAUUGCAGAGGCAACAGGAAGACUAGCGCACCAACCAGGCUGGGUUCCUCCGCCCAGACGGUGUCACCACCCAAGCUGAGAGUGUUUGGAGAGAUCAGGCAUUGCUGUUCAGACGCUCCUCUCUCUUGGUGGCACCAUGUCUUUGACCUCUGCUUACCAGCAUAAAUUAGCAGAGAAGCUCACUAUCCUGAAUGAUCGAGGUCAGGGGGUUCUCAUCCGUAUGUACAACAUCAAGAAGACUUGUUCAGACACCAAGUCCAAGCCAUCUUUCUUACUGGAAAAGUCCAUGGAAUCAUCUGUCAAGUACAUCAACAAGAAAUUUCCCAACGUAGAUGUCCGAAACAGCACGCAACAUUUAGGACCUGUACAUCGAGAAAAAGCUGAGAUAAUCAGAUUCCUCACCAACUACUACCAGUCAUUUGUGGAUGUUAUGGAAUUUCGGGAUCAUGUAUAUGAACUUCUCAACACCAUUGAUGCCUGCCAGUGCCAUUUUGAUAUUAAUCUCAACUUUGACUUCACUCGAAGUUACUUGGACUUGAUUGUGACUUAUACCUCAGUUAUUUUGCUUCUGUCGCGAAUUGAGGAUCGACGGGUACUCAUUGGCAUGUACAACUGUGCCCAUGAAAUGCUGCAUGGCCACAGUGACUCCAGUUUUGCUCGUUUGGGUCAGAUGGUUUUAGAAUAUGACCACCCUCUGAAGAAGCUGACAGAAGAGUUUGGCCCUCACACAAAGGCAGUGAGUGGAGCCCUUCUCUCUUUGCAUUUCCUCUUUGUCCGGAGGAACCAGGGGGCUGAGCAGUGGCGCAGUGCCCAGCUUCUCAGUCUCAUCAGCACUCCCCCAGCCAUGAUUAACCCUGCUCACUCGGACACAAUGGCUUGUGAGUAUCUGUCUGUGGAAGUGAUGGAGCGCUGGAUUAUAAUUGGAUUUCUUCUCUGUCAUGGGUGCCUCAACUCCAACAGCCAGUGCCAGAAGCUGUGGAAGCUGUGUCUGCAGGGCUCCCUGUACAUCACCCUCAUCCGGGAAGAUGUACUGCAGGUGCACAAGGUCACCGAGGACCUGUUUAGUGGUUUGAAAGGGUAUGGCAAGCGUGUGGCAGAUAUCAAGGAGUGCAAGGAACAUAUGAUUGCAAACAGUGGGCAGUUUCACUGUCAACGGCGGCAGUUUCUGCGGAUGACUGUGAAGGAGCUGGAGACCGUGUUAACGGAUGAACCAGGACUACUGGGUCCUAAGGCCCUUUUUGCUUUCAUGGCCUUGUCCUUCAUUCGUGAUGAAGUCACCUGGCUGGUUCGCCAUACAGAAAAUGUCACCAAGACAAAGACACCUGAAGACUAUGCUGACUCGAGCAUUGCAGAGCUACUUUUCUUACUGGAGGAGAUCAGGGCUCUCGUGCGAAGACACAUCAAAGUGAUACAGCAAUACCACCUUCAGUACUUGGCCAGAUUUGAUGUUCUUGUGCUCAGUGACAUUAUUCAGAACCUGUCUGUGUGUCCAGAGGAGGAGUCUGUCAUCAUGUCCUCAUUUGUCAGUACCCUCUCCUCGCUGAAUCUCAAACAAGUUGAUAGUGGAGAGAAAUUUGAAUUCUCUGGAUUGAGGCUAGACUGGUUCCGUCUUCAGGCAUACACCAGCGUAGCCAAGGCCCCCCUGCACCUGCACGAGAACCCUGACCUGGCCAAGGUGAUGAAUCUCAUUGUCUUUCACUCUCAAAUGCUGGACUCAGUAGACAAAGUGCUGGUGGAGACUUCUGACCUGUCUACUUUCUGCUUUCAUCUCCGCACCUUUGAGAAGAUGUUUGCUAUGACCCUGGAGGAACCCACCAUGUUGCGUUAUGCCAUUGCUUUCCCCCUCAUUUGUGCCCAUUUUGUCCACUGCACUCAUGAGAUGUGCCCAGAGGAGUACCCUCAUCUGAAGAACCACAGUCUUCAUCACUGCAAUUCCUUCCUGGAAGAGCUGGCCAAGCAGACCAGCAACUGUGUCCUGGAGAUCUGUGCUGAACAGCGAAAGCUGAGCAACCAGCUUCUACCUAAGCACUGUGCCACAACCAUCAGCAAGGCCAAGAAUAAGAAGACCAUGAAACAGAGGCAGACUCCCAGGAAAGGAGAGCCAGAGAGGGACAAGCCGGGAGCUGAGAGUCGCCGGAAGAACCGAAGCCUUGUCACCAACAUGGACAAGCUACAUCAACAUCUGAUGGAACUGGCAUUGGCCAUGAAUCACAUACAUAGUUUCUCUGUGUUUGAACACACUAUCUUCCCUUCUGAGUAUCUCAGCGGUCACCUGGAGGCCAGACUCAGCAGAGCCAUUGUGUGGCUGGCUGGCUACAAUACCACGACUCAGGAGAUCCUAAGGCCUUCCGAGCUGUUGGCAGGUGUCAAAGCAUACAUUGGGUUCAUACAAUCAAUGGCCCAAUUUUUGGGUGCAGAUGUGUGCAGAGUCAUCCGCAAUGCUCUUCUGCAGCAGACCCAGCCCCUGGACUCUUGUGGGGAGCAGACCAUCACCACGCUCUACACAAACUGGUACUUGGAGAGUCUGCUCAGGCAGGCGAGCAGUGGGACCAUUGUCCUCUCCCCAGCCAUGCAGGCCUUCGUCAGCCUCCCCAGAGAGGGUGAGCAGAACUUCAGUGCAGAGGAGUUCUCAGACGUCUCUGAGAUGCGGGCCUUGGCUGAACUCCUGGGUCCCUAUGGCAUGAAGUUCCUGAGUGAAAACCUGAUGUGGCAUGUGACCUCUCAGAUUGUGGAGCUGAAGAAACUGGUAGUGGAAAACAUGGAUACACUUGUUCAGAUCAGAUCCAACUUUAGCAAGCCAGACUUGAUGGCGUCUCUGCUGCCCCAGCUGACAGGGGCUGAGAAUGUGCUGAAGCGGAUGACCAUCAUUGGAGUGAUCCUCAGUUUUAGGGCCAUGGCCCAAGAUGGACUUCGAGAGGUUUUCUCCUCUCACUGCCCGUUUCUCAUGAGUCCCAUUGAGUGCCUGAAGGAGUUUGUCACUCCAGACACAGACAUCAAGGUAACCCUGAGUGUCUUUGAGCUGGCAUCUGCUGCAGGGGUGGGCUGUGACAUUGACCCAGCUCUGGUGGCUGCCAUUGCCAAUCUGAAAGCUGAUAACUCAUCCCCUGAAGAGGAAUACAAGCUGGCCUGUCUGCUCUUGAUCUUUCUUGCUGUUUCCCUCCCUCUCCUUGCCACUGACCCUUCUUCUUUCUAUAGCAUUGAGAAAGACGGUUAUAACAACAACAUCCACUGCUUGACCAAGGCCAUCAUCCAGGUGUCUGCUGCUCUUUUCACGCUCUACAACAAGAACAUUGAAACUCACCUCAAGGAGUUUCUGGUGGUGGCCUCUGUCAGUCUCUUGCAGCUGGGCCAGGAGACUGACAAGCUUAAAACCAGAAAUCGAGAAUCCAUUUCUCUGCUCAUGCGCUUGGUGGUGGAGGAGUCAUCCUUCCUGACUCUGGACAUGCUGGAGUCCUGUUUCCCUUAUGUCCUGCUUCGAAAUGCCUAUCGGGAGGUAUCCCGGGCCUUCCACCUGAAUCGAGUGCCUGCCAAUACCUACUGAAAGGCCCUUUGCAUCCAUCAAAAGCCGUGUCAGAGUGGAAGCUGUGGUCAUUUUCUCAAGGGGUGGGAGUGGGGUGGGGUCACUAGGGAGAGGGUUAGGAGCCAGAACUGAUGAACAGGUGCAUAGAGAAACAAUCUAGGGCUGAGAAGUCAUAGAGAAAGAUGCAGGGCAUGCUGGAGGCAUGGAGGACAGUUUAUGGACAGUUGGAGGACUGGGGCCACGUGUGUGAAUUUUCUUUUUUUUUUUUGUACUGGGGAUCGAACUCGGGUCCUUGCGCUUACGCAGCAGGUGGCAAAACCACUGAGCUAAAUCCUCGGCCCGCGUGUGUGAAUUUUUAUCAUGAAAAAACAAGCAACAUAUAAGUACAUUUCCUAUCUUCCAGUGACUAGAGCUUGAGCUCUGACAGGCAUGGGCCCCUCCGACCUUCAUCACUAUUCUAGGAUAACGCUAGCGGGCAGAGAUGAUCAAUCAUCAUAUUAAACCAUAAUGAGCUUAUAAUCCUCCCACUGGAGCUGCUAUUGUCUCCUGCACAUUCAUUAGGACGAUUAUCUCCUCUCUUCCUUUCCCAAAUGUGUUCAGCAAACAUCCGACAUGCUCCUACUGCAGAGGAGUAGAAAAGGGACCUCUCUUCUCUGUGGGCCUCUUCCUUUGCCUCUAUUUGCCUGCUUUUCCCACUGGGAUAGGGAGGAAGCACCCUCACUGCCCCAGUUGGAGUUUCACUGUCCCUCCCGCAUUGUGGAUAAUGAGUAAAUUUUCUGCUGCUCUCACCUGCCUGCUUUUUCUCUGAUACCUCCACAGCCCAGAGGAGAGGGGUAGUCCAGGUUAAUCCUAGGUCAUGUGACAGCCAAGUGGACCAGACUCAUGUGGGUUUUCCCUCCCCUAUCCAUUUGGGGACAUUCUGCCUCCUAUUUGGAGGAACUAACUUAACCCCAAAUCCUCUUUUCAGCCUAGGUACAGUUGUUGCUCGAGGCAGGGAUUUCUUUUCUAGAUCUUAAAUUUCACAGACCUCAUUAGGUUGUAGGGCCCUGAGAGUUCGUAUCCUUGAGGGAGUACAAGUUGUUUCAACUUAGCCCUUUUCUGCACUAAUUAGAAUUUCAAGUGUCACAGAGCCUGGGGCAUUCAAGAUAGCACUAAACUAGGUUUAGUGAACUCCAUGGCAGGAAGCAGUGGCCCCAUCCAUCUCUGCUGCCAGAGACUACUGGAGCACCAGAUCAUGUACGUCACAGUCUGGAGUGGUUGGAAUGGGCAAAUAUAAUUGUCUAGUUGAUUAAUUAGAAUCAUGCCCAUAUUUUUAUGAUGAAAGGGAAGCAAUUGUUGGCUGUCAGUAAAACCAUCCUGCCUUUAUUAAACCUACUUGAUAGCUGC